AUAGCUCCCUGUAUUCUAGGAGUUUUUUACUCUUCACUUUUUCAAUGUAAGAUGCUAAUUUGGUUCAUCAUUAUGCCGUUAGGCCCUUUGGCUUACUAAGUGGCCGACUGAGUCAUCAUGUGACCCGUGACGUCGUACAGCGAUAUUCCUACUCUUUUCGCUGAAACGCCAGGCGACACCGUGCUCAUGAGAAUCCCCACGAAAAGCUUCUGGUGGGGUCACUUGUAUCGCUAAUAGGUGGUGUAAACAGUGAAGCGGAGUAGCCGACUUCUUUGCGGGAGAGCCGGAAACGCGAAGGGCUUAGCAGACUUUUAAAAGAAAUAAACCAUAUAUAAAGAGACUGUCAUUCGGAUUUCUCCAUGUAGCAGCGCUAAAAGUCUUCGCUCCUCUGCUUCUGCUAUUAACCUCUGUCUACACGAAGAUAUUUCUUGGUCUUCUUUUAUAACAUGGCUAACACUAGCAGUUUAUCGAACACAACUUUCGAUGAAAACGGGACUUUAAACCACAAUUUGAGUAGCGGCAGCAUCAAUGGCACAUUUACUGGUUUCCCCACGCUUUUCCAAGAGCCUUACGCUCUACGCAUUAUUCGCCUUUUAUUUCAAACACUCCUGUUUUUAGGCGGCGUAAUUGGGAACUUUCUCGUCUGUUUAGUGACUUCCAAGAAGCGCCGACAAACUUCCACCGGGAAUCUCCUCAUUCUCCAUCUCGCGAUUUCAGAUCUCGGAAUUCUGCUGGUUUGUUUUCCAUUCGUUGUCAUCCGCACAGAGUACCCGUACGCCUGGCCGUUUGGUCGCCUCAUCUGCAAGACUGUGUAUCCACUGGCGGACAUUUUCUAUGGAGUGGAGAUCGGGUGCAUCACUGCUAUUGCGUUUCAUCGUUACCGAAUGUUGGUGCAUUGCGGCAAAAAACAACUGAACGUAGACUCUGCUAAGAAACUAGUGUUUGUUAUCUGGUUGAUAGCGUUCGUUUUCAUUGUUGGACCUUUGUUUUUCGUAAUGGACUUGGAGGAGACCGCAUGGAGGAAAGAUUGCCUCACAAAGUGGCCGAAUGAAGUUUCCAAGAAACUCUACAGUGUUACUUCAAUGGUGUUGUUCUACGUGAUUCCUCUAGCGGUGAUCCUCAUGACUUACCUUAAGAUUCGAGCCAACCUGAAAAAGAACAACAGAAGACAUAACCGCUAUAGGUGCUCGACAAAACGCGACGAGAACAGACACAAGGAGGUUCUGGCCAGAGUCGUACAAAACCGGAGAGCAAUUCAGAUCUUAACUCCAGUUGUACUCAUAUUUGCGUUUUCUAUGUUCCCGUUUACGCUCUUUCGUUUGUUUUUUGUUUUUGAUUUGUUCCCUGAUGGAGCUGAAAAGUUUAUACGUGUUAUCUUUAACGUGUGCACCGUCCUUCUGAUGGCAAACAGCUCUGUCAACCCAAUUAUCUAUAACGUAGUUAAUUCGGAAUUCCGACGCGAGUUUUCAGCUUUGCUUAGAUGUGAUGGUGAGACUUGUUGCUCGAAUUCUAGCGAUAUCUUGGUCACUGUUAAUCGAUCGUCCGCGAACAGCAACGGCGGAUCACACAACAACAACAAGUCCACUUCUCACUGUAACAACGCGAUCUCGGCGGACGUCCAAGUUCCUCUCAACCGGCCGGAGCGUGACGAGUUAAGUGCAGAAACAAGCUCUUCGCGAUUAACACGUACGGAAAGACUUAAAAAUGUGCUUAAAAAGAAAAAGGCUCGAGUUGAUCGUGAGAACAGGGUAGAAGAAAUCGAACUUGAAACUCGUCCAGCUGUUAUUAUUAAUGUUAUGCACGAAACGGGAGGUUUUUAAUCACAAUGAUGCUAUCAUAACAGUGGCGGAUCCAGAAUCUAUUAAAGGGGGUGGUGGUGGUGGUGAGCUAAAAAAAAAUGAAAGAUAUCAGAUAUCAGAAAGAUAUCAGAAAUUCAUCGAAGAGGAGUGUACGACCACCAAAUG